AUGGCGUCGGCAUGUAAACAGAACGAGAUGAACCAAUGUUCCAUCACCAAUAACACGCACUGCCACCGCCCCCAUCGAGCAUCAUCACCAGAAAACACUACAUCAACAAGCACCUUCACCAAGUACCAUCACCGCCCCCAUCGAGCAUCAUCACCAGAAAACACUACAUCAACCAGCACCUUCACCAAGUACCAUCACCGCCCCCAUCGAGCAUCAUCACCAGAAAACACUACAUCAACCAGCACCUUCACCAAGUACCAUCACCGCCCCCAUCGAGCAUCAUCACCAGAAAACACUACAUCAACCAGCACCUUCACCAAGUACCACCAUCGCCACCAUCGAGCAUCAUCACCAGAAAACACUACAUCAACCAGCACCUGCACCAAGCACCACCACCGCCCCCAUCGAGCAUCACCACCAGAAAACACUACAUCAACCAGCACCUUCACCAAGCACCAUCACCGCCCCCAUCGAGCAUCAUCACCAGAAAACACUACAUCAACCAGCACCUGCACCAAGCACCAUCACCGCCCCCAUCGAGCAUCACCACCAGAAAACACUACAUCAACCAGCACCUUCACCAAGUUCCACCAUCGCCACCAUCAAGCAUCGCCACCAGAAAACACUACAUCAACCAGCACCUUCACCAAGUACCAUCACCGCCCCCAUCGAGCAUCAUCACCAGAAAACCCAGGACCGCCAUAG